AUGUAUCUAUCUGCCUGUUUAUAUAUAUAUAUCAGUCUUUUUAUAUCUAUCUAUCUAUCUAUCUAUCUAUCUAUCUAUUGUGUUUCUGUGUGUCUGUCUAUCUAUCUAUCUAUCUAUCUAUCUAUCUAUCUAUAUCUAUAUAUAUAUAUAUACGUUACUACUCUUUCUUUACCACCUUCUUUCUCCCUUUUUUCGUUUUCCUAUUCUGCCUUUUUACCAUAUAUUUACUUUUUUUUCUUUUUUCUGGUUUUCUUCCCUUAUUUUCUUCUGCCUUUUUCUAUCUAUCUAUCUAUCUAUCUAUCUAUCUAUCUAUCUACCUAUUAUAUACCGUUACAACACUAUCUAUCUAUCUAUCUAUCUAUCUAUCUAUCUAUCUAUCUAUCUAUCUAUCUAUUGUCGGAAAUAAUGAAUAGACUUACUUCCUCAUACCGAAGCAACUUUCUUUCAUGCGCCUCUUCAAUCCCUUCUUCCCAUGCUACUGCCAGUUCACCAAGCAACAGAUGUUGUUUCUCAAUAUCAACUAAGACCAGAUCUGGUCACAGACCAGAUGCAAUAACCUCCAUUGGCAGUGUUGCAUCCACCAACACUCUCCACUUCCUUGUGUUUCCCGACCUGAUCUUCUGCCUUGUGACAGUCGCACCUUGCUUCAGGAAGGCUACCCUUCGCAGGUCCAAUGAGGGGAUGCUAGCAUUUCUUGCAGCUGCUACCAUGAACUCCAGAACCAAGUUAUGUCUCAAAGUGUACGAGCAAUUCUGCAGCGCCUUUGGACAGGCUGACAUUCAAUCUAAUCUGUUCCUUUCUUGUGCUCCAUCUAUCUGUUUAAUCUUUUUAAGUGGGUUACUCGCCGCUUUCUCCUGCUUCUGUUUCCUUCGACGUCUUCUUGAUGUGUGUAUUAUCUCUUCCUCUAUCUUCCCUUUCUUUCUUUCUUUCUUUCUUUCUUUCUUUCUUUCUUUCUUUCUUUCUUUCUCGAAACACAUAUACACAUAUGUUCAUGAUCUAUCAAUUUAUCAAUCACUGUAUUCAUUAUCUAUCUAUCUAUCUAUCUAUAUCUGUUCAUUAUCUAUCUAUCUAUCUAUAUCUGUUCAUUAUCUAUCUAUCUAUCUAUCUAUCUGUCUUCUGUUCAUGAUAUAUUUAUUUAUCUAUCACUGUAUUCAAUAUCUAUCUAUCUAUCUAUCUAUCUAUCUAUCUAUCUAUCUAUCUAUCUCUGUUCAUUAUCUAUCUAUCUAUCUAUCUAUCUAUCUAUCUACUCUGUUCAUUAUCUAUGUAUUGAAGUCUGUUCAUGAUAUAAUUAUUUAUCUAUCACUGUAUUCAAUAUCUAUCUAUCUAUCUAUCUAUCUAUCUAUCUAUCUAUCUCUUCUGUUCAUGAUAUAUCUAUUUAUCUAUCACUGUAUUCAAUAUCUAUCUAUCUAUCUAUCUAUCUAUCUAUCUAUCUAUCUAUCUAUCUAUCUAUCCAAAAAUGUUGGGUGUAUCUGUUUCAAUAUCUUCGCAUCAGCCUUUCUAUCACAUUAUUUUUAUAAUUAUUUGACCUUUUCAUAUCUAUCUAUCUAUCUAUCUAUCUAUCUAUCUAUCUAUCUAUCUAUCUAUCUAUCUUAA